GGCGGGCGAUAACAAACUACCAGACCCCAACUAGUCGAGCACAAACGACUAACGGAAGCCGCUAGGAGAGCAACAACGCGUGCCCCCGAUCAAACCCACCGAGCAAGCGAUCGCCACUUCACCGGCGGCGAGGCAAGCGGCAAUCCCCGAUGGCGGCGUCUCACGGAUCCCCUCUGGAGCCGGUGGCGGUGGUGUCUCCACAGUUUUGCGCUCCGUACGUGGUGCCGCUGACGGUGACCAAGAAGGCCAUCAGCCUCUCCGACGGCGACUUCACCGUCACGGACGCCAACGGCGCCGUCGUGCUGCGUGUCAAGGGCGCCAUCUUCAGCGUCCGCCACCGCCGCGUGCUCCUCGACGCCGCCGGGCAACCCAUCCUCUCCAUGCAGGAAAAGGUAUUUAGUAUGCACAACAGAUGGGAGGUGUUCAGAGGGGAUAGCAACAACGCAAGCGACUUGCUCUUUACCGUCAAAAAAACUUCAAUCAUCCAACUGAAGACAGAGAUGGAUAUCUUUUUGGCUGGGAACACCGCAGAGCAGGUGUGUGAUUUCAAGAUCAAGGGCAGCUACUUUGAGAGAUCUUGCGCCUUCUAUAUUGGCAAUUCGGACACCAUGAUUGCUCAAAUGAAUCGUAAGUUUACUGUCUCCAAUGUACUGCUAGGAAAGGACACAUUCGGUGUUACCGUAUUCCCUCAAGUUGACUAUGUGUUCAUUGCGGCUCUUGUCGUGAUUCUGGAUGAGAUUCACAGGGAUCGAUCCGACUGAUGACCACAAUUAUGCUAGCAAUGAGAUGUUGUCAAUAAUGUAUCCGCUUGAGGGUUGCAUGUAAAAUUAUGCUAGCAAGAUCAACAAUUGAACUUUGUUGAUUUAUGCUGACGUACAAUAAUCUAUAUUUGCUUUUUCAUUGA